CGGUCCGUGCGCUGUCAAUGGUGCGUCCUGCGUCGCCGAUAACGACGAGAAUUCCCUCUCUCCCUGGAUGGUCUCUUUGUUUAUGCGCGUGGUUUUCGAGAUGAAAGAAUUUUGUUGAAGGAUCUUCAGAAAUCACGAGAUUAUUCUCUCCCCCUCCCUACGUUGAAGAACAGACCUAUCUGCGUUUACACUUUCGACAUUUGGACCCGCACGCAUAUUUUUGCUUACGCGCGAAGCUGCGCGCUCGCAACAAACACAUCUUUGCAUGAACAAUGGCAGUGUUACCACGGAGGAUCAUUAAAGAAACUCAAAGAUUAAUGCAAGAACCAGUUCCUGGUAUUAGUGCUGUACCAGAUGAUACAAAUGCUAGGUAUUUUCAUGUAAUAGUAACGGGACCUGAGGAUUCGCCGUUCGAAGGUGGACUGUUUAAGCUCGAAUUGUUCCUACCUGAAGAUUAUCCAAUGUCUGCACCUAAAGUUAGAUUCAUUACAAAAAUAUAUCAUCCAAAUAUAGACAGAUUGGGUAGGAUUUGCCUGGAUAUUCUCAAGGACAAGUGGAGUCCAGCACUUCAAAUCAGAACAGUUUUGCUGUCUAUACAAGCGCUUCUAAGUGCACCGAAUCCCGAUGAUCCUUUGGCAAAUGAUGUAGCUGAACUUUGGAAGGUCAACGAAAGCGAGGCGAUACGUAAUGCCAAAGAAUGGACUCGAAGAUACGCUAUGGACAACUGAUCUCAGCCUUGUCAGAUCGCCCACGACAAAGCAAAGCGACGUUAUUCCUACCUUUCCCAGACUUUUCAUCACCGUACCCGCACCAAUUGCGUAUCCGGCACCUGUGUCCACAAUUUUGCUAUAAAAAUAAUAAAAGUUUUGUAAGAGUAAAAAACAGAAUGGAUAUUUUCUAUAUCGUGGGGGAAACGCGAAACUGUUGAAUUUAUUCAAUCGCUCAUUAAGGAAUAUCUUCGUAAAUAUCUUCCUACAUUGAAAUGUUGCGAAUCUCUUUCUAUAAGAGAGAAGGGAGGGAGGCAGGCAAAAAAGCCUCUCUGUGUGAGGAGAAACAAUGAAAUAUGUUACACUAUAACAUAUAAGUUUGAAGUUGUAUUAAGCAAAAAUAUGCUAUAUACAAAUCUCAUAUUGCUAUGAAA